UCAAAAAUCAACGAACAAAAUUUACCCACUUAUCGUUCUUCUUAGCGAUGUGCAAAAUAACGAUUGGACAGCGAUAGGUCGAACAGCUGCGUAUCUAUCAUCUCUAUCAAGUGCAUUUAUUCAAUCUUUGUUUUCAUUUUUCAUUGGAAAAAAAACUCUCAGAAACUCCCUCCAUUGCCAUCCACAACACACGACAUCGGCCAGGCAUAAUGUCGGCCCGUAACCCACAGACUUUGAUGGCACUGCCCAACGAGGAGAACUUUGACUUCCUGUUCAAAAUUGUCCUGAUCGGAGAUUGUGGGACGGGAAAAACCUGCAUAGUGGACAGGUUCAAGACGGGAAACUACAUAGAGCGACAUGGCAAUACGAUUGGAGUGGACUUUUCCAUGAAAACCAUAGAAGUUGAGGCAAAACAAAUUAAGCUACAAAUCUGGGACACGGCUGGCCAGGAGAGGUUUCGCACAAUUACGCAGAGCUAUUAUCGGUCUGCCAACGGAGUCUUAAUUGUUUAUGACAUUACAAAGCGGUCUUCCUUCUCCAAUCUGCAAAAGUGGAUCGAGGAGGUGCGUAGAUACACGGCGUCGAAUGUGCUGAUUAUAUUGAUUGGCAACAAGUGCGACAUGGAGACGGAGCGCGAGGUUGACUUUGAAGAGGCUCGCCAAAUGUGUCAAUAUAUACCUGAAAUCCUUUUUGUGAUGGAAACGUCCGCUAAGGAGAACAUGAAUCGCCAACACGAUGCCAACAAUGUGGAGGCAGUGGACGAGAACACCAUCACCCUAGGCCAAGGGAAACCCCUGAAGAGUUGCAGCAGCUCCUGUAAUCUCACUUAAACUUAAGCAUCACCAUUUUUAUAUUGUUUUAUUUUGCUUUUACGUUUUGUGAUCAAACUGUUCAUGUGGCUAUAUAUUUAGUUUUUUAAUAUUUAAACCUAAUCCUAAAACUUUUUUCGGGUUACUUACUGGCGGAUGCGAGUAAGCCAUUUAAUUUAAAUACUAACUAUACACAACCAUGUAUUUAUUUUAGACGAUAGAGUACAAAUCAAUCUCACACAUCAACAAACAAGUGAAUCGCGCUAACAAUGUCAAUUAGAAGGCAAUGUUUGAAGAGAGGAAAGAUACGUCCAAUUCUGUAUUCAAUUUAAUACGAAAACAGUUUCGAAAUAAACUCUUUUUUGUAAUUUUA